UACCCAUUCAUUUCACUCCCGCGUGGAGCUCGCGUCCUCUCUCUCUCUUCUCUCUCUCUGUCUCUCUGCUCUCGAACCUUCGCAACGCAAAAUCGCGGUCAUCAUCCUCGCCGUCACCGACUAGACAAUCUGGAAAUGGGCGGGUGCUUCUCGCAGGACCUGGAAGACGACUCAGUGCGGCCGGCACGGGCGGCCCGGGUGAUCUCCAUCAGCGGCGAGCUGCACGAGUACAGCGUCCCGAUCAGAGUCUCGCAGGUCCUCGAAUCCGAGAGCUCCUCCUCCUCGUCUUCUUCUUCGGGCUUCGUCUGCAACUCCGACUCGCUGUAUUACGAGGAGUUCAUCCCGGUCCUGGCCAACGAGGACGAGCUCGUGCAGAAUCAGAUCUACUUCGUGCUCCCCAAGUCGAAGCUCCAGCACCGCCUGACGACCUCGGACAUGGCGGCCCUUGCCGUGAAGGCGAGCGUCGCGAUGCAGAAGGCUUCGAAGAAAGGCGGGGGCCGGCGGCGGAGGAAGACGCAGAUCGCGCCCGUUCUGGUCGUUAAUCAGAGAGCCAUUUCGGACUACAGCGAGUUCAACGAGCACGAGGUCAAGAGGUACGGCAACAGGAUCGAGAAGGCAGCUCCGGCGUUGUCCAGGUCCGGAUCGGUCAGGAAAUUGCAGAGGCAAUCUUCACGGAGGUUGAAGACGGCGGUUCGUUCGUUUAGAAUUAGGCUGAGCACAAUCGAGGAAGCGGGUAUAGAUUAAUAACGAUCCUGGGAUGAUGGUUCGUUCAUUACGAACAACAUUGAUGAAUGAUGUUGAUGAUGAUGAUUCAUUUCGGAUUUGUAGGUUCGCUUCUUUUCUCCAUGUAAUUAUCGCAUUGUUUGUCUCCUGUAGAAAGAAGGAACAGAGAGAUUGUUCACAUUUAACCAUUGGUUCCAAUGUGACGAAGUUUUUGAUCA